GACCUAGAGCUUCUCCACAGGAGUUCUGCAGUCCAGGAGGGAGGUGAGAAGCACGCACAAGAAACUGUACUGAAGGAAGUAUGGAGUGGCAGGAAGCAUGUUUGGGGAGCUCAGGGCAGGCCUUAGCUGUGAUUUGGAAAACAGAGCUCUCGGGGAGACGGGAGUGGGGAGCGGUCACUCUUCGUGAUGGAAGGAAUAGCCGGAGAAGUGUGUUGAGGGGCAGGUUAUGAAGGGAUUGGCUAAGUGCUUGGAUUGUACCCUGUUGGUCAUGGAUAGUGACAAGGUGGUGGCACCACUAGAAUCCUUGGAGGCGCGUGGGCAUGUCUGCAGGGUAGAGGGGGACCUGGGAGGAGGGGGCUGGCGCAGCCUGCGGCGAGUCCUUCCGCAGGCGGCACCGCAGCUGGCGAGAACUGAUAGGAGCGACGUUCACAGAAGGCGUGAAAGACAGGACUUCUGAAACCUGUUUGCAUGUUGACAAGAGACGGAGUAAAGAUGACUCGAGGGUUCUGGGUGUGGAUGACUCGGAUUACGGCUGGGCUGUUAACAGGAGGAGGAAGAGCAGGUUCGAGGACCAGCGUCUUGACCUCAGAGGAGGUGGCCAAGUUGGAGAAGCACUUGAUGCUUCUCCGGCAGGAGUACGUGAAGCUGCAGAAGAAGUUGGCGGAGACGGAGAAGAGAUGCACCCUCUUGGCCGCGCAGGCGAACGGCGGGAGCGGCGGUGAGUCCUUCAUCAGCCGCCUGCUGGCCAUCGUGGCCGACCUGUGCGAGCAGGAGCGGUACAGCGAUCUGAAGAUAAAGGUUGGGGGCAAGCACAUCAAUGCUCACAAGUUCGUCCUGGCGGCCCGCAGCGACAGCUGGAGUCUGGCCAGCCUGUCUUCCACCGAGGAGCUGGACCUGUCAGAUGCUAACCCUGAGGUGACCAGGACCAUGCUCCGCUGGGUCUACACGGACGAGCUGGAGUUCGGAGACGACGACGUGUUCCUCACUGAGCUAAUGAAACUGGCUAAUCGCUUUCAGCUGCAGCUCCUCAGGGAGAGAUGUGAGAAGGGUGUUAUGUCUCUGGUGAACGUCAGGAACUGUAUUCGCUUCUAUCAGACCGCGGAGGAACUGAGUGCCGGCACGCUGAUGAACUACUGUGCGGAAAUUAUCGCCAGCCACUGGGACGACCUACGGAAGGAGGACUUCAGCAGCAUGAGUGCCCAGUUGUUGUACAAAAUGAUCAAAUCCAAGACUGAGUACCCGUUGCAUAAGGCUAUCAAAGUAGAGAGAGAGGAUGUGGUCUUCCUCUAUCUAAUUGAAAUGGACUCACAGCUCCCUGGGAAGCUGAACGAAGUGGAUCACAACGGACACCUCCCCUUGGACCUGGCCCUGUCACGGCGACUGGAGAGCAUUGCCGCCACGCUGGUUAGUCACGGAGCCGAUGUGGACAUGGUGGACAGGAAUGGCUGGAGCCUGUUACACAAAGGAAUCCAAAGAGGAGAUCUCUUUGCUGCCACCUUCCUCAUUAAGAACGGGGCCCUGGUCAAUGCCGCCACGUUGGGUGCCCAGGAGACACCGUUGCACCUCGUGGCGUUGUACAGUUCAAAGAAACACUCCGCGGACGUGAUGUCGGAGAUGGCCCAGAUCGCAGAGGCCCUUCUGCAGGCCGGUGCCAACCCCAACAUGCAAGACAGCAAGGGCAGGACCCCCUUACACCUGUGCAUCAUGGCGAGGAACGAACUCGUAUUCAGCCAGUUGCUGCAGUGCAAAAGGCUGGACCUGGAGCUGAAGGACCACGAGGGCAGCACCGCCCUGUGGCUUGCGGUGCAGUACGUCACGGUGUCUCCCGACCACUCGGUGAACCCCUUCGAGGACCUCCCGGUGCUGAAUGGGACGUCGUUUGACGAAAACAGCUUUGCGGCUAGACUCAUCCAGCGCGGCAGCAACACCAACGCGCCCGACGCCGCGACAGGGAACUGCUUACUACAGCGGGCGGCCGAAGCAGGGAACGAGGCAGCGGCUCUUUUCCUGGCAACCAGCGGAGCCCACGUCAACCACAGAAACAAGUGGGGAGAAACCCCGUUGCACACGGCCUGUCGGCACGGGCUGGCCAGCCUCACCGCGGAGCUCCUGCAGCAGGGGGCCAACCCCAACCUGCAGACCGAGGAGGCCGCGUCCCCGGCCGGCUCAGGGGACGGCGUCUACCUGCAGACCCCAUUGCACAUGGCGAUUGCCUACAACCAUCCGGACGUGGUGUCUGUCAUCCUGGAGCAGAAAGCUAAUGCGCUUCAUGCUACCAACAACUUGCAAAUCAUUCCGGAUUUCAGCCUCAAGGAUUCCCGAGACCAGACUGUGCUGGGCCUGGCAUUAUGGACCGGCAUGCACACGAUCGCAGCCCAGCUGCUGGGUUCCGGCGCUUGCAUCAACGACGCCAUGUCGGACGGGCAGACCUUGCUGCACAUGGCCAUGCAGCGGCAGGACAGCCGGAGCGCGCUCUUCCUCCUGGAGCACCAGGCAGACAUAAACGUCAGGACUCAGGAUGGGGAGACGGCCCUUCAGCUGGCCAUCAGGAACCAGCUCCCACUCGUCGUGGACGCCAUAUGCACGCGUGGAGCGGACAUGUCCGUGCCAGAUGAGAAGGGGAACCCCCCGCUGUGGCUCGCGCUGGCGAACCAUCUGGAGGACAUCGCAUCCACCCUGGUCAGACACGGUUGUGAUGCCACGUGCUGGGGCCCAGGGCCGGGCGGCUGCCUUCAGACACUCCUGCACAGGGCCAUCGAUGAGAACGACGAGUCUACUGCCUGCUUUCUUAUUCGAAGCGGCUGCGACGUGAACAGUCCCAGACAGCCCGGUGCUGAUGGAGAAGGGGAGGAGGAGGCCAGAGACGGGCAAACGCCCUUGCAUUUGGCAGCUUCCUGGGGGCUGGAAGAGACGGUGCAGUGUCUUCUGGAAUUUGGUGCCAGUGUAAACACACAGGAUGCGGAAGGAAGGGCACCUGUCCACGUGGCCAUCAGCAACCAGCACAGUGUCAUCAUUCAGUUGCUGAUCUCCCACCCUGACGUCCGCCUCAGUGUCCGCGACAGACAGGGGCUGACCCCCUUUGCCUGCGCCAUGACGUACAAGAACAACCGGGCGGCCGAGGCCAUCCUGAAGCGAGAGCCUGGGGCUGCCGAGCAGGUGGAUAACAAGGGCCGGAAUUUUCUUCAUGUGGCAGUCCAGAACUCUGAUAUUGAAAGCGUCUUGUUCCUGAUCAGCGUCCAGGCUAAUGUGAAUUCCAGAGUCCAGGACGCCUCCAAGCUGACCCCUUUGCACCUUGCUGUCCAAGCAGGUUCAGAGAUUAUCGUCCGCAACCUGGGAGGCCGCUCACGUCAUGAGCCUCAACAGCUUCUUGCAGGAGCCACAGUGAACGAAUUAACCAAGCACCGCCAGACUGCCCUGCAUCUCGCCGCCCAGCAGGACCUGCCCACCAUCUGCUCCGUCCUCCUGGAGAACGCGGUGGACUUUGCUGCUCUGGACGAGAAUGGAAAUAACGCUCUUCAUCUCGCGGUCAUGCACGGUCGGCUCAACAACAUCCGGGUCCUCCUGACCGAGUGCACCGUGGACGCCGAAGCCUUCAAUCUACGAGGCCAGUCGCCGCUGCACAUCCUGGGUCAGUACGGCAAAGAGAACGCAGCCACCAUCUUUGAGCUCUUCCUGGAGUGCAUGCCUCAGUACCCUCUGGACAAGCCGGACGCGGAAGGAAACACGGUGCUGCUGUUGGCUUACAUGAAGGGGAAUGCCAACCUGUGCCGUGCCGUCGUCCGCUCGGGAGCUCGCCUCGGGGUCAACAACAACCAAGGGGUGAACAUUUUCAACUACCAAGUUGCCACCAAGCAGCUUCUGUUUAGACUGUUAGACAUGCUGUCCAAGGAGCCUCCGUGGUGCGACGGCUCCACCUGCUAUGAGUGUGCGGCCAAGUUCGGAGUCACGACGCGCAAACAUCACUGCCGUCACUGCGGACGCCUUCUGUGCCAUAAAUGCUCGACCAAGGAGAUCCCUAUUAUAAAAUUUGAUCUGAACAAGCCCGUGCGAGUUUGCAACAUUUGCUUUGAUGUGCUGACUCUGGGGGGCGUCUCUUAGUGAGCCCGCCGGCCGCACCCCGGUCGCCUCCCGGGGGCCGCUCCGCGCGCCAGCCUCACCCACCCGGAGCAGGGCCGGCCCUCCCGUCUUCCUGCGGCAACAGACUGAACCAUUAAGGACCCGCUGUGAUCAGUCCCGUUCCCAAGGAUUCCGCGUGGUUGUUGGCGUGUCAGACUGUGGUCGGGGCCACCGGACGCCUCCCACCUUGGACCAGGCCGUGUGCCUCGUGGCCCCUGCGAUGGGCAUCGGGCCCCACUCUGCUUGCAGCACAAGGACCCUGGGAAAACCCUCCCCCUGCGGCAGCGUAGUGCCCGCGGGGAGCGCGCCCGCGGCGGGAAGCUGGCCUCACUCGAGGGUAAGUGGCUGUGGACUUCUAUGCGCAGUUUUCAUAAAGAUUAUAGGAUCCUCUGGCCCAAAGUCUUUUUUUUGUUUUGUUUUGUUUUGUUUUGUUUGAAAAGCUAAGCUAUAUUUUAGGGAGCUAGCCCUUUAAAAAAGGCGAAAUCUUUCUAAACAGGGUUCAAAGAUGAGAGCUGAAAAAUCGUGGCCUUAACUGAAAGCUUUACCGUAUCCCUACGACUGGGUGUCGGGAGGGCAGUGUCCCGUUCUCUGUCCUGCCACAUCCUGUCUGCAGAGGCCUCGGUCACUCUGCCGCUGGGGCGCGCGGUGGCGGAGACGCGCUCUUACCGCGGCGCGCUGUUCCAGACGGCUGCGCUGCCCACGUUCAGAAACGCCCCCGCCUCCAGCAGCCCUGGUUCUGAUGGCCAGCUUGCAUCGGAGCUCAGCGCACACUUCCUGCGAAGAGUCCCUCCCCGGGAGGGACACCGUCACUGGGCCUGGUGACGGGAGGGGCAGCGUGCGGCCUCGGGCCGGUGGCUGCCGGGUCGGCCCGCGUGUGCGAGCCUGCGGGGAGGAUGCUGGGCCGUGAGCGGAGUGAGGCCCUCGAACUGACCGGCCCUCAGUCGCUGCUCGUGUGUGUGCUGACCCCGCAGCGCUGAGCUGCUUUUGAAGGUUUGGCCGGUUUGAAAAAAACACAAACAAAAACGUACAUUUAAAGAGAAACUUCCACCGCUGCUUUAAGAAAACUAACUCCGAGGUCAACACAAGCGUUCACGAGUUUUUCUCAGAGAUCGACCGUCUUAAUCGUAAUACCGGUUUCUUCUGACAUUUGAUAACCACUGCAUUGUUUUUGCAUUAAUGAAAAUGGAUAUGUGUGUAAAGGGACUAAGUAUUUUUCUGCAACAGCCUGGUUGUUUUGGUUUGUUUCUUCGGAUAGUGGUAUGUCCUCUUCUGUUGCUGUAGGUUUAUACAUUCUCUUGCCUACAUAUGUGUGUAACAUGAGCUGAUAAACCAGAGUGCUACUUUUUAAUAUUUCUGUGAUUUAUGAAAUAUAUAUGCUUUCUAUGUUAA